AUGACUGGGGAAUCACCAUUUUCCCCUUCCUUCCCGCAUGGAUGGACAUAUGAUAUUUUUCUCAAUUUUAGAGGUGAAGAUUCUCGCUUUGAUUUUGCUAGAAACCUCUACGAGGCUUUACAACAAAAAGGCAUUCAUACUUUUUUAGACAAUGAAAGGCUUAGAAAAGGAGAAAAAAUUGCACCGUCACUUCUCAAAGCAAUCCAAGAGUCUAGAAUGGCUAUCACUAUUUUCUCUAGAAACUAUGCUUCCUCUACAUUUUGUUUAGAUGAGCUUGUUCAAAUCAUUGAGUAUAUAAAUAAAAAAGGUAGAUUGGUUUUGCCCAUUUUUUAUGACGUGGAUCCAUCAGAAGUACGGCAUCAAAGAAAAAAUUAUCGAGAAGUAUUUGCUCAGCAUGAGAGGUGGCUUAGAAAUGACAAGGAGAAGGUGCAAAAAUGGAGGCGGGCUCUACAGGAUGUUGCUAAUCUCUCGGGUUUCCAUUUCAAACCUGGGGAUCAAUAUGAAUAUGCUUUUAUCAAAGAGAUUGUUAAAGAGGUCACCAGGAAAAUGAACCGAAAGCCUUUGCAUAUUGCUGAUUAUCCAGUUGGACUUGAGUAUCGAGUGCAAAAAGUAAAUUCUCUUCUUGAUGUUGAAUCUAGUGAAGGGGUCCAAAUGGUAGGAAUAUGUGGCACUGGUGGAAUAGGAAAAUCAACAAUUGCUCGAGCAGUAUGCAGUUUGAUUGUGGACUCAUUUGAAGGGUUUUGUUUUCUUGCUGAUGUCAGAGAAAAUUCAAUUAAUCAUGGCCUAGUGUAUCUCCAGGAAAUACUUCUUUCUGAAAUGCUGGAGGAAGACGUUAAAUUAAGAGAUGUUAAUAAAGGAAUUCCAAUAAUAAAGCAUAGGCUCCACAAAAAGAAGGUUCUCCUUGUUCUUGAUGAUGUUGAUAAGCUAAAGCAAUUACAAGCAAUUGCUGGGGGACUUGAUUGGUUCGGUUCGGGUAGUAGAAUCAUAGUAACAACAAGGGAUAAGCAUUUGCUAGUAAGCCAUGGUGUUGAAAGAAUUUAUGAGGUAGACUUUUUAAAUAGAGAAGAAGGUCUUGAAUUGCUUAAAUGGCAUGCCUUUAAGCAGAUUAGAGUUGAUGCAAGUUACAUGGACAUUUUAAACAAUGUGGUAUUCUAUGCUUGUGGUCUUCCAUUGGCUUUGGAAGUUAUUGGUUCCAAUUUGUUUAGUAGGGAAAUAAAUUAUUGGAAUUCCGCAUUAGAAAGUUUUCAUAGUAUUCCAAUUAGGGAGAUCCAACGAAUUCUGAAGGUAAGCUAUGAUGCCUUGGAGGAAUACGAGCAGGAAAUUUUUCUUGACAUUGCUUGUUGCUUUAAAGGUGACAGUUUUGAAUAUGUAAGAAGUGCUUUGUACGCACGUGGUAUAUGCCCAGAUUAUGGUGUUAAGGUCUUGAUUGAUAAGUGUCUGAUAAAGAUUAAUCAUGGUAAGGUGACUAUGCAUGAUUUGAUUCAAGCCAUGGGUAAAGAAAUUGUGCGACAAAAAUCACCAUAUGAGCCUGGAAAGCGCACUAGGUUAUGGUUUCAUAAAGACAUUCUUAAUGUAUUGGAAGAAAACAAGGGUUCUGGGAAGAUUGAAGCCAUAAAUCUAGACAUGCCUGGAGAUAUGGUGAUUGAUUGGAGUGGAAAGGCCUUCAAAAAGAUGCGAAAUCUUAAGAUACUUAUCAUCAGAAAUGCACAGUUUUCUACUGGUCCCAACUAUCUCCCCAACAGUUUAAGAGUGUUGGAUUGGAAAGGAUAUCCUUGUCCAUCUUUACCGUCUGACUUUAAUCCCAGGGAGCUAAUUAUCCUCAAAAUGCCAGAAAGUUUUCUCAAACGUGAUGUACUACUUAAGAAGUUUCAAUCUUUGAGCGUCCUGAAUUUCAAAGGUUGCAAAUUUUUAAGACGGGUUUCUGACUUAUCUGCAGUCCCAGAUUUGAGGGAAUUGUGUUUGGAAGGCUGCAACAAGUUAACUGAAGUUCACGUGUCCAUUGGAUUUCUUAGUAAACUUAAAAGGUUGAGUGUUAAACACUGUAAGAAGCUCAAGGCCUUUCCAAGUAUCAAGUUAACAUCCUUGGAGUUUCUUGACCUUUCUGGGUGCUCCAGCCUCACAAGAUUCCCAGAAAUAUUAGGAAUGAUGGAAAAUAUUAAAGAUGUCUGUUUGGACCAUAGUGGCAUAGAAGAAUUGCCUUUGUCAUUCAAAAACCUAGUUAAUUUAGAAAAAUUAAAACUUUCAUUUUGUAGAAGUAUUGAAAAAAUUGGAGGUAUUCCACCGAAGCUAAAAGAAUUGUCGGCAAUAAACCUUGAUUGGUACUCACACUUGAGCUUAGAGUCUCGUAGCAUUUUACUGAGCCAGGCUUUACAUGAGGUUGAUGGCUUGAAAUUCAUAGUAGAAGAAGAUAAGACCCCAGAAUGGUUUGACCACUACGUUGAGGGAGAUUCAUGGUCUUUUUGGUUCCAAAAGGAAUUCCCAAACAUGGCUGUAUGUUUUGGUGCAUUAAUAGAAGACCAAUGGCACACACCACCAAAGCUGCUUAUUGACGUCCGAGUUAAUGGCACAGAUGUUGGAUUUCCAGAAGGACAAACAAUUUUUGCACCACUCACAACACCACAUGUCUUUUUGUUUGAUUUGCGCGGGCUUAUUGUUGAGGAUAAACUGAAAUAUGUAGUUUCAGAGCGUGAAUGGAACCACGUGGAGAUAUCCUGUGUCUUGAGUUACAUAAAAUGCUACCAACCGGGGGUAUUGAAUGGAAUAUAUGGUAUAGCAGGGGCAAAAUGGUGUGGAGUAUAUGUGUACAAGCAAAAAUCCAGAAUGGAACAUAUUCGAUUCAUAAAUCAUAGCCACAAAGCAGACCCUGAGUUAUUCAAAGGAUCUUCCCUGAAUCCAGACAGUUUUGCUAAGCUAGUCCUGCGUCAAAUGGAGUGGCCCCACGUCAACUUCAAAGUCAUCCAAUACAAUUGCCACAAUGCAGUCAUGUCCCUUCUAUCCAAACCCAUUACUGAAUUGAGAAAAAGACAGAGGGACAGGAGAGAUCAGAGAUCUAUCAACAUGGGUCCCACCUCCUCUCACACGUUCUCUUCCCUCUCCCCGUUGGAUGAGAAAGGAUGAAUGAGAAGGAAAAUGCCGAGCUGUUACUAAGAAUUAAAUGCUAAGAACCAUUGUAUGAAUGUUUGUCUUGUCACUUGGUUCAUCUAAAUUUGUUCUUGGAUUACUCUGGAUAGAGAAGGACACAAUGUAAGCUAUUGGAUUCAUAAAUUGUAACCAGGAAGCUGUUUCUGAAUUAUUAGAUCGAUCUUCCAUGAAUACAAACACAUCACUAAUAAUA